AUUCUGGAAAGUUCCACAGCCUUCUACAUUUUGGUCCUCUAAGAUGUUCGAGAUAAAUCCUUCUCCUUCUUUCCUCUUCUUAUUGAGCCUCCUAUAGAGCUACACCAAUCAAUUGGACAUCAAAAGCUAACAUCCCGCCAUCACAGCCAACAACACCAGUAAUCCAAACCCCCCAACCAUAUAGCUGGUAAUUUAUAGGUUAUUGGGUGCCACCCCUUCAAUUUUCAGCAGAAGACAGCAGCAAGCAACACAGAGCGAGGAAGAAGAGAAAUUCGAUAUGGGUGUUGAUUACUACAAGAUAUUGCAGGUCGACAAGAACGCUAAAGAUGAAGAUUUGAAGAAAGCUUAUAGAAAGCUUGCCAUGAAGUGGCACCCAGAUAAGAACCCAAAUAACAAGAAAGAAGCUGAGGCUAAAUUCAAGCAGAUCUCUGAGGCUUAUGAGGUUCUAAGUGAUCCUCAAAAAAGAGCAAUAUAUGAUCAAUACGGAGAAGAAGGGCUCAAAGGCCAGGUGCCACCACCAGGUGCUGGUGGUCCUGGAGGAGCAACUUUCUUCUCAACUGGAGAUGGCCCGACAGCGUUUAGAUUCAAUCCCAGAAAUGCCGAUGACAUUUUUGCCGAAUUCUUUGGUUUCUCAAGCCCAUUUGGAGGAAUGGGAGGUGCUAGUGGCAUAAGAGUUGGUCCAAGGUCCUUUGGUGGAAUGUUUGGUGAUGAUAUUUUCAGUUCUUUCGGUGAGGGACGCCCAAUGAGUUCAGCUCCUCGUAAAGCUCCUCCAAUUGAAAAUAAAUUGCCUUGUACCCUUGAGGAGCUUUACAGGGGGACCACUAAAAAGAUGAAGAUUUCAAGGGAAAUUGCUGAUGCUAGCGGGAAAACCUUGCCAGUGGAGGAAAUAUUAACCAUUGAUAUCAAGCCUGGCUGGAAAAAGGGAACAAAAAUCACUUUCCCUGAGAAAGGCAAUGAGCAACCAAAUGUUAUCCCUGCAGAUCUCGUCUUUGUCAUUGAUGAGAAACCACACGGCACAUUUACAAGGGAAGGCAAUGAUCUGAUUGUAACCAAGAAGAUACCUCUUGCAGAAGCUUUAACAGGCUAUACUGUCCAUCUUACAACUCUAGAUGGUAGGAGCCUGACCAUCCUAAUCAACAGCGUGAUUCAACCGGACUAUGAAGAAGUUGUUCCAAACGAAGGCAUGCCUAUACCAAAGGAUCCCUCAAAGAGGGGAAACUUGAGAAUCAAGUUCAAUAUAAAAUUCCCAACAAGGUUAACUGCUGAGCAGAAGUCAGGAAUCAAGAAAUUAUUGGCCCCAUAGAUUUGGGAGUUCAGUAAUGCUCGGUCUCUUUGUGAAUACCUUUCUUUAAUUGUUUUUGGAGAUGGCUGUUGUUCUGUGUUGCUAGUUUUUGUACCAGAGAAUUGAACAUUAAACAUCUAGUUGAAUAAAAUAAUAGCAAAGUUCUGAGAUA